AAAAACAUUCACAUAAAAUAACAAUGGCUGUGUUGAGAAUAAGAAGAAUGAGGUGUUUCUGCGUGUGGUUGUUUCCUCUCGUAGUGACCGUGGUAAGCGCCCAAAGUACGAGUGACAAUGACCCAAGCAAUAUGUCUGUGGUUAAAGAUACGGUGGAUAGACUGUUGAAAGGUUAUGAUAUACGAUUGAGGCCAGAUUUCGGAGGUCCUCCGGUUGGCGUGGGGAUGAAUAUUGACAUAGCAAGCAUAGACAUGGUAUCAGAAGUCAAUAUGGACUACACAUUGACGAUGUACUUCCAGCAAGCCUGGCGAGACAAGCGGCUGUCCUACUCUGAGAUCCCGCUCAACCUGACCUUAGAUAACCGGGUGGCUGAUCAGCUCUGGGUCCCAGACACCUACUUCCUCAAUGACAAGAAAUCAUUCGUCCACGGUGUCACUGUGAAAAACAGAAUGAUCCGACUGCACCCAGAUGGUACUGUUCUGUAUGGUCUAAGGAUCACUACCACGGCUGCUUGUAUGAUGGACCUCAGAAGAUAUCCGCUGGAUGAGCAAAACUGCACACUGGAGAUAGAAAGUUAUGGUUACACCACAGAUGACAUUGAGUUCUACUGGAGGGGAGGGAACAACGCCGUGACAGGGGUGGACAAGAUUGAGUUGCCCCAGUUCUCCAUUGUGGAUCACAAACUCAUCUCCAAGAAUGUGGUCUUCUCUACUGGUGCUUAUCCUCGCCUGUCCCUGAGUUUCAAGCUAAAGAGAAAUAUCGGCUACUUCAUCCUUCAGACGUACAUGCCUUCUAUACUUAUCACCAUCCUCUCCUGGGUCUCCUUCUGGAUCAACUAUGACGCCUCUGCUGCCCGAGUGGCUCUAGGUAUAACCACGGUGCUCACCAUGACAACUAUCAACACUCACCUGAGAGAAACCCUUCCCAAGAUCCCUUACGUCAAGGCUAUUGACAUGUACCUCAUGGGUUGUUUCGUCUUUGUUUUCAUGGCUCUGCUUGAGUACGCACUGGUGAACUACAUCUUCUUUGGACGAGGCCCUCAGCGUCAGAAAAAGGCAGCUGAGAAGUCAGCAAUAGCCAACAAUGAAAAGAUGAGGAUGGAUCCCAACAAGUGGCUGGUAGGGAAUGUAGUCGGCAGAGAUGACACCCUGUAUGCCAGAAUGAAACAGAGAGAUCUUGAUGGUCAUGACUCCAUAUGGGAACCAAUCUUUGUGGAUGAUACAGCACUAGGGCUUGGUGUUCAAAAGAACAAGAUGGACCCACAUGAAAACAUCCUUUUGGGCACCCUGGACAUCAAGAACGACAUGGGUGUUACGGAGCUGGCUCUGGGUCUCAAUGACCCAAGAAAUACCAUGCUGAAGUAUGACAGCUCGACUCUUCAAUACCGCAAAGCAGGACUGGCCAGGCACAACUUUGGCAGAAACACGCUGGAGUGUCACAUGACUCAAAAGAAGAGCAGACUACGGAGGCGUGCGUCACAGCUCAAGAUCAACAUCCCAGACUUGACUGACGUAAACAUUAUCGACAGAUGGUCGAGGAUGAUCUUCCCUACGGUCUUCUCCUUCUUCAACAUUGUUUACUGGCUUUACUAUGUCAAUUAAAAGAACAGGACAUCAGUGAGAGCAGAAACAAACAGCAAAACAUGUUGCUCAUUUCUUGUUUGUAUCUGGUUUCUUUCAUUUUUUAUGUGAUCUUUAGAAACGGACUGAAUAAGUGUAUUCAGGACUGGAUCCAUCAUAUCUUGCAAUACCACAUUUGCUGGCUAACACGUGAAAACCUUAUAAAAAGAGAUUACAAACAUAUAAGGUGCCUCUUCCUGAGUAGAUGUUGACAAUUUAGUGUAUUUUGUGAAUUGUGUAUCUUUUUAAAAUGAUUUUUUAUGUUCUUAUCAUGUUAAUGUAAACUUUUCUUUUUUUUGCCAAAACAUUUCAGUUAUAUACAAAUCGACGAUGUCCAUCUACUCUCACUGACACUACUUAAAAGUGCUAAAGCAAGUUUCCAGUCAGAAGAGGUUCUCUAAGUUCAAUUUGCUUAAAAAACUUAAAUGUGGCGUCACAAAGUGAUUUGAUACAGACGUUAUAAGGGCCCCUGAGUUCACAGUUUAUAGCACUGUUUAUUGGAAAGAUUUUUGAAAUGGGUGUUUUUCUACUAAAGUGUCUUAGAAGAAUCAUUUUAUUUAAUUGUUAGCAUUUUCUAAGUUCAUAAACCACAUUGGUAGGAUGGUAUUUAGUUAAAUCAACUGAGAUCAUUCCAAAACGUUCAAGUGUUUACUCAAAUUGCGCUUCGUGAGCUGUUCGGGGAAAGAAGUCACUUUUAACUGGUUGAAGUCAAUGGAUACAUCUGCUGGAAAAAUAACUCAGAUAGUUUUAGUCACCCAAAUUGGCUCGAUUUUUAUAUAUCAUGGGAUUUUUUAAUAUUAGAUUUAAGCCCUAUUCAUGUACUGUGUCCUAUGCAUGGUAUAAAUAUUAAUCAAGGACCUAUCCAUAGAUUAGUUGUUAGACAGCUUCAAUACUGCAUGAAUAGCAUUUACUAUAGGAAUAAUGGCCAACCAAAAAUUGUUCUGAGCCCUGGAUUUUUUGGCAAGAUUUUCAAAACUGCCUGAAAACAUUCACUCAUGCUGCUAAGGCAUUUUGAAAGAUCAUUUAAUUGUUGAAGAUGAACUUAAAGUAAACUGAAAAGCUAAUACAACUGCUAGAACAAAGAAUGCCAAUAACAAAAAGCACAAAAGUCAUCUAUAUAUACGUUUUAGCAAAGUAAUUCCAAUAUAAUUUAUUUACUUCUGAUUUUAGUUGCUGUAUCUGCCUAUGAGCAAGAUAUUAUUUUAGUUUUAAACCUUGAAAAGUUAUUUAUAGCUUUUACUUAUGUCCAGAUUUUUUAAGAAGGUAUUGAUCAUAAAGGAUGUAGACUUAAAUCCAAACUGACUUCAUUACUGAUUCUUACAAACUACUUAGUGACAAUACUGUGCUUUUGACUGAUUUUAUAUGAAGCUUUUGCACACAAGUUCUUAAAAGCCACUGAACUGUACCAGAUUUCUUCUACUACCCGGUGCUUAUGGGAUCUUUUUAUCAACAUGACUUUGAUUCUACCUUAUGGUUUAGUUACAACAAGGUUGCUAAUGUAAAAGUAAAACUAGGGCUGCAACA